GGCGGCAGUCAAGUGCCGCUCAACCCCUCCAACGCCUCCCACGCCUCCAACCCAUGCAAUGCCGACAACUCUCACAGCAAUGAAAGUACAAACGUUUCGUCCGUUUUGGCCGUCAAUAAGAAAAAGUUCGGGAAAUUCCGUAUUUUGAACGACAACUCCGACAAUACGUGCGAAGACAACAAUACGCCUGUUUUGAACGGCGAAGACAUUUGCCUCGACAUCGGCUUUGAUAGAGCUUUGGGCGCUUCCAUUGAGACGAUGAGUACUCAAAGCGAAAGCAGUGCACAUGACAUGAGUGAGCCGUCAUCGGCGGCCGCCUCUCCCAACACCACUCCCAACAGGUCUACCAAAAGGCGCGGACGACCCGCCGGUUCCACCAAUAAAGACAAACUUGUGAUUCAAAUGGCGACACAACUCCUCGAAGACGACGACGAUCUGAGCCGACGGCGAAGCAGUCGUCUCAAGACAUUGGAGGCGCGCAAAGAGCAGGAAAAGGGUUAUUACGGUAAUCGACAGACAGAUAUAGACGACACCAGCCGUGACUCCAGUAUUGUCAACACAUCCGAUGCCAACGAAUCGCAGCAUUCAGUGGUCGAGUCGUCGGUCUCUACAAAACAGAAGAAAAAGAAAUCGAAAAAAGAUAAGAAUAAGAGUAAAGAGAAAAGCAGUGAUUCAAAGAAGUCGACUAAACGGAAGAAGAAGUGUUUGGUUGACGACAAAUACCAUUCAUACGAUGAAAACAACGAGAACUCACAUCACUCCGAGUUCUUCACACCACCCCUUCCGCCAUCCCAUUACCAGAACAUUCGCCACAAUAAGUCAUGCGUUCAGUCGUCCAAUAAGUGCACAACAGAUUCGGACGAUUCGUGUCCACUGCCGCAGAAACUCAAGUCCCGGUGGCGGCGGAACAGCGAACUCGAGUCCGGCCAUCAGCCGGGCUUUGCCGCCGAUCACCACCAAAAACAAGGCGCACAAACGGUUCCCAUUAUUAUACCCAAAGAGACCGAACCUCAUCCCACAUUCGAGAUGAUCACCGAAAAUAACUACUUAUUUGAAAGAGGAGCGGACGAGGGGUUUGGUUGGUUGCGGCGAAGAUUGUACUUUGCCGCCGAUCACCACCAAAAACAAGGCGCACAAACGGUUCCCAUUAUUAUACCCAAAGAGACCGAACCUCAUCCCACAUUCGAGAUGAUCACCGAAAAUAACUACUUAUUUGAAAGGCGAAAAUCAAAGAGCAAAAAGGAAACGCGAAGAAUGGUUUGCGACUGUAUUUUAACCAAAGAGGAGCGGACGAGGGGUUUGGUUGGUUGCGGCGAAGAUUGUCUCAAUCGGAUGCUUAUGAUUGAAUGUGGUUCUCGCUGUGCAUUAGGAGAUCACUGCGCAAACAAACGCUUUCAAAAGCGUCAAUACGCGAAAAUAGAGCCCUUCCGGACCGCUAAGAAGGGAUGGGGUUUAAGAACAUUAGAACCAUUACAGCCAAAUACAUUUAUAAUGGAAUACAUCGGCGAAGUGAUCGAUCCGUUAGACUUCCACAACAGAACCCAAAAGUAUUCAAAGGAGAAGAUAGAACACCACUACUUCAUGGCACUCAAGAGCGAUGAGAUC